GGCCCCGCCCGCCGCGGCUGCGCGCUGCUGCCGAGCGAGGGCUGCUCAAAAUGGCGGCCGGGCCGCCGCCGACCGCGGCUAAGGGGUACGGGCCCAACCAGUUCGUCUCGCUGCCGGCCGAGCUUGACCCCGCCGACUACGACGCGUCGCCGGAGAAGCGGCGUGCCGAGGCCGAGCGCUUGGCCAUCCGCGCCCAGCUCAAGCGGCAGUACCAGCUGCAGCUCAACAGCCCGAGCCCGCCAGCCGUCAUCGAAGAUCCUUCCUUGCUCCGCUGGGCCCAUGCGAAGACACAGAAUGUCUACCCUACUUUCCGCGCGACGCCCAAGACGUCCUUUAUGGGAGCUUUGUUUGCAGUAGGUCCGAUCCUCUUCUGGAUAGCUGUCUUUAAAACUGACAGGGAUCGUAAAGAGAAGCUUAUCCGAGAAGGUAAAUACAAGCGACCGUUCAGUGUUUUUUAAGUUGCUGGAAUCGCAGUGCUGCUCUUGAGACAUGAAUAAGAUGUACUGUAUGCUGACACUUCUUCACAAGAAUAAAUCUUAAUUGCUCA